UACGCACGACCAGUGUAGAACCGGCGUCGCGACGCGUCGACCGUGUGAUUAAAGUGUGUCGUCGAUUAUCUGUAUAUUUCAUAGCUAAAUAAGUAAACAAUUAACAACUAAGAAAUUAAACGUUCGUAACUCACUUCAUAGCAGUGCCAACAUUGUUGAAUAAAAUUUUAAAUGCGGUUUUGUCUAAAGUAAUCAAAAUAUUUUCGUAUGUUCGUGUUUAUUGGAAAUAUUUUCAUAUCAAUGUAUUAAAUAUUUUCGAGCCAAUUCAGAUAUUAUAAAUAUGCAUACUUUGGCAAAUGCUAGUAAAGUAUUUUUUGACGUUCUUUUAAAUUAGUACGUGAAAAAUGGGUGAUGUGUUAUUUUUAAAAAAAUCAAAAAUUUUAAACUGUUUAAAAAUAUAACAUGUUUAUUUUUUUUCUGUAAUAAAUUUGGAGUGGACCUUUGUAAGUGUUGUUAAACUGGGAAAGUUUUGUGUAAUUGAUGCGUUUGAUGUUCGUGGAAGAUGAGAGCUUCAUUGAAAAUUCACGGUCAUCGAACAGCAUACAGCGCAGACAUCGGUUGAUGGUGGUCAUCAGGUUAUAAGAAGAUGUGAUCGUUUGUCUAAACAAGAAACUAGGCUGGUGUCUUUUGGCCCAACGCUGCACCCAUCCAGAAAUGGGCUGUGGCCACAGUAAAAUUAAUAUUUAUCCUAGGAAAUCUAGAAACAAAACUAAUAAUAAAAAAUCAGGAGUUCCUGAAAAAACGGAAUCUGAAGAGGAGGAAAGCGUAGAAAACGAGCUGGAAAAUGGUGAAAAUAUAGAAGACUGCGAGGCAAGGAAAACAAUCAAAGUAAAACCUUUUGGCGGACCUCUUUUAGCACAAGCAGAAAUUUCAACGAGUCAGCAGGAUUUCUUUAAGAUGUUGGAUGAAAAAAUACAAAAUGGUCCGGACUAUAACUCUGAAAGUGAAUCUGAAAAAGCCGCUGAAGCGGCUCGUUUAAGUGCGCUUUUGAAGGACUGGGAGACAGCAAGUGCGGGGUCUAGAUCUCUGCCAGCUACCCCAAAACGCAGAGUAAAAGCUCCGUCAGUUGAGAAAGGACGUGGGGAGGGUAUACGAUCUGCUGAAAUUGUGAGAGAAGGUGCCAGACCACCUGAGAGAGGAUAUGUGAAUCAGAUACCACAAAGUGUUAUUCAUCAGUCUUAUGGUAUUACGCAAGUGUCAUAUAAGCCACUGAACUAUGCCAGUCCUGGUUACAUGCCACAGAAUUCUCCUCACCAAAUCAAUUAUUCGUCAGCAAUGCAAUAUCAAGCAAUCAGUCCGAUGUACACAAAUCAACCCAACUAUCAACCUGCACCAACUCGACAAUAUCCUAGCUACAAUCAACACGGAAGCCCUAUCAAGACUUACAUGAACAACUCGCCAAAACACAUUCCUUACGAGCAACCCGCUUAUAGUCCUACUCAUAAAUUGUACGGUCCGCCCGUAACUGUUGUCAAACCAAUGUAUAGUAAUGGAGAAUUGCUACAGCAACAGUAUUAUAACCAGAUGCAGUAUCAACAGUACAAAGAAGCAAGGGAUCAAGUUUUGAUACAAAACCAACAACCUGUGGGAUACAGAAUGCAGAGAAACUACCAAAGCAGUGUUACCAUACCCAUAGUGGUACAAAAUCAGCAAAAUGAUAUGAAUGCUUUACAUAGAAAACAGUAUGAACUUACGUGAUCAUAUCUAUAAAUUAGAAAAAUUUGCUGUUCUGUGUACCUCUCCACAGAAAUUGUCUAUACAAUUUCUGCUAGAUAGAAUUUAUUCAAGAAGUAAAUCUUAAAUUACGUGUUAGGCAAUUAUAUUUAAACACAGUGAGUGAAAAUAUUGUGCCAAAUUACUACACUAUCAUGUUCUUUAAACAGGGUGUUUCAUCUCAACUAUAUUUGUUAAAUUAUUUCAAAAAUUUUCCCUGUUUUGAAAACAAAUUAUAAGAUAAAGAAUUUUCAAAAUAAUGGCUGUUGAGAGACGUUAUCAAUUUACGGUUUCACUUUCAGUUUUAGCGCAUAUAAAGAUAUUUUUGCUUUUUAUAUGAUGAUGUUAAAUUAAAUACGGUAUCAAGAUUUCUUUCUAAAGUGCCGAGAACUCAAUGUGUAUGUAUAUUAUCUAUUGAACAAAAAAUGUACACUGUGGUCAUAUUCAUUAGUUCCGAUUAUUUUACCGAUUGUUAACAAUCAUUUUUCACUUUGAAAAUUUUGUUAUGUUUCUUACUGUAUUUUUUUAAUUGUAUUAAAAAAAUAAUAUUUCCAAAUAAAUAAACAGAUAAAUGAAACAACAGUUGGUUUUAUUUCUUUCAAAACAGAAAGCACUACGAUUCAUUUUAUGAUCCCCUAAACAGAAUCUAUUUUCCAGAGGUUUUUUUUGUGUAAUUUUCUUAAACGGCGACAAUUUUGAUAGUAAUUUUGACUAAAUAGUUAAGAUGGAACAUCCAGUACAUACACUUCUCGAUUUAACUUAUGAAAAUAGAAUAUUUAUGUACAUAUAUGUAUACUGAAAAUUAUAAUAAUUUAUAAGUGAAUUAUCAUACGAUAAACAAAGGGAAUUGGCUGUGAUUUUAAAAAUGGAGUUGAUAGUUUAAGUUUACGAAUGUCAUGUCAUGUUGUUAACACAUUUAGAAGUUGACAGACAUAUCCGAUUAUAAAGGAUGUUCAACUAAAAAAUCACUCAUAGAAGCAUUGGAAUUUUAUUUGACACAAACGGCAUGUCUAUUCUUAUAACAUUCAUUUGGCAGAAACGUAACCUGUUAUAUGUUGUAUGUUGUAUGUUAUUGUAUCAAAUAAAAUUCCAAGGGUUACUCUGACCUGAGUGAUUUUUUAAUUGAACAUCUCUUAUCAUACUGAUAGUAAUAUCAAAAUACGGUAAUAGAAUAAGGCAUUCUUUCGACUUCAAUUUUAAAACCAAAACCAAAUCUAGGUUUCAUUAUAAUUGUGUUUAUUAAAUGUUUUUUGUAAAAUCGUAUCAAAAUGCAGUCAUUUAUACAAUAAUUUGAAGGGCGUAAAUAGUGCCUUUUGUGCCCUAAAGCCGAAAAAACCAAGAACUGAAAUAGCUAUUUUAUUGAAAUAUGAAUUACAAACAAUUAGUUAAUUAAAAUACCUAAUAAAUAAUGAAAACUUAAAAAACUAAAACAACAGACAAAAUUACUUAAUGUUUAUCUUCAAGGUUAAUACUUGACUUUGUUGUAUAUUUACAGCUUUUGCUUCUUCAACUAAAAUAGCUAUUUCUUCUUGUUUUCUGUUUUCGGACAUAUUUUUUUCACAAAUUGAACUUCUUAGUGAAACACGUCAAUAACGUUUUUAUUAAUGUUUUUUUUUGCACCAUAUUAGCAACCAAUAAUAUAACUUGAUUUUUGAAAACGAAUUGUGUAAUUUACGAGUAUUUUUUUUCAAACUUUAAAGUGGAUUUAAUCGAUUUUACAAAAAAUCUUAUUUGCAUUUCGGGCGUACGUCAAAAUCGCCUUCAUCACGCCCCUAAUACAAAAAUAACUAUUAUUAUUAAUUUAAAUACCUACAUUUUUUGUUCUGUUUUAUAACCCCGUUCACUAGCCCAAUUUAAUGCGAUGUUUGUCAGAAUAAUCAUAGUUUUAAUUUUACCAAAACGUAGCUAGAGUGAAGUCUAACUUACAGAAUCAGCAUACACUGUCCAAUCUACAUAUCCAUAUUUGUGUUAAAAUUGAGAGACUUGUGUGUUUAAUAAAGAUUAGAAUUUGUGUAAAAUAUAAAUUUAUUAACUGGAAUAGGUGCUCUAGAAAAUUUUAUUGAUUUGCUAGAAAAUAAGAGAUAGAGAAGUGGCCUACACACAGUCAGCAUGUAUAUAGGUCGACUGUUUUACAGUAGAAACGUAAACACUUUAAUUUAAAACUAAUAGGUUUUAUAUGUUAAUAAUAUAAAAACUUGAUGUGUCUACAUUUCUUAUUACUCCAUACAACACCAAUAUAAUCUACUAAAGUCUAAAAGUAAAAAAAAAUAUCCAGACGUAUAUUUGUAGAAGACUGAUUCUACACCACGUUACCGGUGUUUAUUCUCUUUAUUAUUGCGAAUAUAGAAUGCAAUUCACAAAAAAAAUAUGCCGACGUGCUGAAGUUGGUGUGAAAAUUACAAGUACGAAAAUAUUCUAAUCACUAGGAAUUUGUUGUUUGUGUAAUAUUUCUAUCUAAUACUGAAAUAAUAUGAUGAUUUACUUCUUGACAUAUACAUAUAUAGUGUACAUUAUAAAUUAAGUAGAAUUUUAUUAAUGCGAAGUAAUUGAUUUGUUGCUUUGAAAAUCGAUAACACUAUUAAUAAUGAUUUUGGUUUUCCGUGUUAAAUAGACCAAUAAAAUUUUAUUGGUAUACCUACAUUGCAUACAUAAUGUAGUAAACGUGAUUUACACACUUUCUUAGUGACAGCGUAGUACAAAAUGAUUGUUUUGAAUGUUAAAAUUAAAACUAACAAUAUAUUUAUAACAAAAAUGUUUAAAAUCAACUACUUUGCAUUAUCUACCA